AUGACACCACUUCGGUCAGAAGCGGCUGCAAGCCUUACGAGACAAGCACCACCCAUCACGCAGGUCGACCUUGUCGCUUUCCACCGCAGGCACUUCUCCGGACACGCCAUGGACCACUUCUCGUCUCACUUCAUGCCACCCUGCCAACAAGCCACCACGCAGGACGAGACAGAAGAGGACGGCCUGGGGCACUACGCCGACGGCGUGAAGCGCACACUCACGGAUGAGCAGAUCGAGAUGUUUCAACACUCGGAGCUUGAGGCCCUACGCAAGAAGAACACGUACUUUCCUGCAGGGUCCUGCCUCCAAGAGGGCGCACCCACCACAUCCGGAGAUGCCGCGGACGCGGACACGGAAGGUGACAUUGACUUGGCUGUGGCCCCCCGCAAGAAAAAAAAGCGCGGCAAGGGAAGAAACCGCAAGCCCGAGGUCAAGGUCGACCUGCGCAAGAGAACCUGGGACGUCGUCGACACAAGUCUCCACAGUCUCGACUACGGCGACCAAGAGCAACCAAGCGUGCCAGCAACGGCAACUACGAAGCGUCGCCACAUAUCCUACGAUGAUGGCUGA